AUGAAUCGCUCACUUCUCCGCGCUCAAGAGGAGGCUGUGCGAAAAGCAAUAACAGAAGACGAGGCACCAUUAAAACCAAAACACUCGAGAACUAUAAUAGUUGGAACGCACAAGGCAAAGUCAUCUGAAAUGUUUUGGAACUUGUUAGAGUCGAUUCAGUUGGAAAAGCAUCCUGUAAUGACUUGGAAGUUUUGUAAUUUGGUCCACAAGCUGCUCCAGGAAGGGCAUUCAACGGUUCCUCAGGAGACUUAUAGACAUUUGAAUCGAUUCAAGCAACUUGCUCAUUACUGGAUACACAGAGGUAGCUAUGGCCCAUGUAUUCAGGCAUAUUGUCAGUUGCUCCACGAUCGAGUCACUUUUCAUCACAAGCAUCCAUUUUUUCCUGGAAAUUUAGAUUUGACAAACUCACAGAUGCAAAUAUUGCAAGGAAAUGUGGUAAAAAUGUUGGAGAUAACAAGUGAUCUAAUGAGCCAGAUGGAUUUACUACUUGUGUUGCAGGAAAGAGUAUAUGAAAUGAUAAACACACGUCGCUGGAAUUCUCUCAUUCCACAAGAAUGCAUGCUGCUGCCUCUAAUAAGUGUUAUCCAGGAGACCAGUAAAAUCCUCAAUUAUAUUGUCCAUAUCAUGUUCAAACUUCACACUGCCGCCAGAUGUAUUGGAAGGCUUUAGUUCUAGAUUCAAAAUAAUUUCCGAUAAAACAAAAACGUUCUAUGAAUACUCAUCAACGCUUCAGUAUUUCAAAUAUCUUGUCACAGUUCCAACAUUACCAUCGAAUAUACCAGAGUUUAUGCGGAGAUCAGGCGGGAAUUUUACUGAAAAAGAAUCAGAAGCGUCAAGUUCGUCGAGGCUGGAUUCAAGAGAAGAUCACACGAGUGUGUUAAAUUGUGUUGCUGAAAAUGAAAGGCUUUCCAAAGAGAUAUUCAUGCAACAGGCCCUCAACCGCAUUGAACAAUAUGAGAACCGUUUAAUACAAAUGCACGGGGAAUUCGAAUAUGCCAAGCGAGAAGCUGAUGAACAUCGAAAGGAGGUUCAGAGACUUAGAUACGAGUUGGCACUCCGUGAUGCAUCCAGAAAUCAAAAUCAAGCGGCUCUUUAUGACACUCCUCCUGAUGGGUUCAGCAACAAAUUUUGAAG